AUGCAAAAGGCUAUUAUCGACUUUUCGGAAGCUCUCCGUCUGUACGAUGAGUCCAAACAGAAAGCACAAGCUUUAAAGUUCGAGAUAUAUUAUAAACGUGCCUGGACACAUCAUGUACUCGGUGAACUUGAUAAAGCUGAAAGUGACUAUUCAGAACUUAUUGGACAAGCAACGCCACCUAAAGAAUGGAAGGCUAUUUUAUCAAAAAGUUACCUUGGUCGUGGUCUUGUCUAUGAGUCGAAGCAUCUAUUACAAAAGGCACUAAAAGAUAUAGAAAGAGCCAAAGAUUUAUUACAGGAAAAGAGUUCCUACUAUGAGUACUGCUAUGAAAAGGUUAUUAUUGCCUUAAAAAAGACAAGAGUCGAUCUAGUCGAAGAAGAAGAGGAUGUGAACGAUGUUGCACAAAAAUCUCAGGCUGAGAAUAAAACAAGUCACGAAAACUCUGAAAGAGGCGAGGCUGAAAAUGACAAUGUCUUCACGCUUAAAGAGAUACCUCGAGAAAAGACCACACAGCAGCUUCAGAAAGACAAUUAUCAAUGCCAAUACUAUAAAGCCUUACUUUUGAGUGAACAAGGUGACAAUAAGGCUGCUUUAGAAUUCUUUACGAAAGCAUUUAAUAAUACGACGGAUAAAGAUGAAAAAGCAGAGUGCUUAUUUCGACAGGGUCUGUGUCAGUACCAACUUAAGAACAAAGUCGAAGCCCAAUUGCUAUUUCAGCAAGUUCUAGAAUACGAACCGAAACAUGCACGAACUAUGUUUCGCAUUGGAAUGAUUCAGACAACAGAUAUGAAACAUAAAGAAGCCCUAGAAAAUUUCAAUAAGGCACAUAAAUAUUCACCCAAUAGUGCUGAUAUUUUAUACGAGCGAGCGAAAGUGUUCGAAAAGCUAGGCCAUCUUGACUCAGCCAUGUAUGAUCGUCGUCGUGCUAUGCAAUUAGGACAAUCAUUUAUUACUUCGAUAAUCAUGCUUGAAGAUCGUCUACGAUAUUUUGAGGCCGAAAGUCUUCAGCAAACUAAGUCAUCAUCUCUGCACUUGAAAAUGGCCUGGGUACAAGACGUAUUACAUUAUUUUCGAAAAAGCAUGACAUUUUUCCAAAAAGAGGAUGGUAAAUUGGAUGAAAAAAGCCACCAAGAUAAGCAAACAUAUCGGAGAGCUGUGGAAGAAUAUCGAAUAGCUAUUAACUGCGAUUCCACACACCAGCAUCCGGAAGCCUGGGCAUUGUUGGCUAUUUGUCAUAGGAACGAAAAAGAUGUUUUACUAGCACAUCAAACUCUCGAAGAACUAUUUGAAAAUUUUACUAAAAAACUGGAAUAUAUUAGAGCAUGGGAAGCAUUUAUAAGAAACACCAAGAAAGACAGUUACUGGAAUGAGAUGGGAGCUGUUCCGUCGGAUGAAACAAUGAUAGAAAUAAAACGAAUGGAAACUACUCGCCGAAUGAUGAGUAUGGAUGAAAAUCACUUUCAGGGACCAGACAAGAAAAAUCUCUUACUUUUCUAUAAACGCUUUCGUACUCGAUUGUCAAAUGUUCUGGUGGCAUUUGCACUUGCAGGCUGCGAAGAAGAAGUUGUGAAGCAUAAUCUGCAAGGGUCACUUCAUACGUAA